AGCGGGAUAUAUUUUUUUGGUAAUGGUAGCUGUGCAUCUGCAAGGUCCAUUGUUUGUGUCAAUGUUCAACCCUUUGGUGCUUGUAUUUGUGGCAAUAGCUGGCUUUCUAGUUCUCGAUGAAAAGUUGUACGUGGGAACUUUGUUAGGAUCAACAAUAGUUAUAAUGGGGUUAUACAUGGCUUUAUGGGGUAAAAGCAAAGAGAUUAGAACGUCGUACGAACUAAAACCUUCUGGUAGCUCAAAAGAUGUGAAUGAUGCCUCAAAUGCCGCAACUACAACAACAACUCUCCAGGAUUUGUGUUUGGCUCAUACUACAACUUUGAUUGUCAAUGAAGACAAUGAGUUGGUUGUAAAGUCUCCAAUGGAAGCACAUAAAGAACAAGUAACUAUUGAGGAAGUUUAGGGGCCCAAAGAUAUAUGUUGAUAUGUUUUGGUUUCUAUGGCCUAUAGACUACAUAAUA